AGUUGCGCUUUGAGAGUAGUUGGAUGAGAGAAGAUGUGCGCGGUUGAAAGCGAGGAGGCGCAACGGAAGGAAGGCGACGAUGGGGUGGGCGCCGUUUCGUUCGCCGUGGAUCAUUUGGUGCUGGAUGCGGGCGCGUUUCUGAAGCGCCAGAGCGUGGCGAGUCUGGGGCGUCGCUUUUACACGGUCGCGGAGGUGCUGAGCGAGGUUCGAGACGAGGAGUCUAGGGGGUGGUUGGACGGCUUGCCGGGGGGGCUCAGGGUCAGAGAGCCGAGCGCGGAGGCCUACGCGGCGGUGGUGAGGUUCAGCAGGCUGACGGGGGACUUUCCGGUGCUGAGCAAGGCCGACUUGAAGGUGCUAGCGCUGACGUACAUGUUGGAGAGUGAGACGCACGACGGAUCGGCGAGUCACCUGAGAGAGAGGCCGCUGUCAAUGGAGGAAAGGGCGGAGAGCUCGCGCAAGCAGGGCUUGGAAAGUCUUCCGGGAUUCGGCGAGUUCGACGCGGACGGAGAGGAAGGGUGGAUCAAGGACACGAAAAAGUCUGAGUGCAGCUGGGUCGCUGAGUCCGCGCGAUCGGACGGCGUAUUGGUUUCGUGCCUGACCCUGGACUACGCCAUGCAGAACGUCAUUUUGCAGAUGGGCAUGCAUUUCACGACGUUGGAUGGCGCUCAGAUUCACUCGCUGAGACAGUGGACCCUACACUGCUUUGCGUGCUCUCGGAUUUGUCGGGACAUGCGCAAGCUGUUCUGUCCGAGCUGCGGAAACAACACCUUGAGAAGAGUCCAGUUCUACGUGAAUCAAGACGGGGGAGUCAAUCUAAUGCUCGACAACAAGAUAUCAGUUCGCGGCACUCGAUACCCCAUUCCGAAGCCGAAGUCCGGAAAGCACGCCAAGAACCUGAUUCUCUCGGAGUGCCAGCUCCCCCGCUGGGUGGGAAACUCGUCCCAGCGCCGGACCAUCGACGACGCGUUUUCGGUCCAGUCCAACCCAAGUCAGAAGGUGGUGGUCGGAUACGGGAAAAGGAAUCCAAACGUGGCCAAAAGGCGAGUCGGCAAAAAAAAGAGGUAGCGGCGAGGAAAAAUGUAUUUCUCUAUUUUCUUUUUUUUUUUACAUAGCGCCGCGCGAGCCGGGUCGCCCUCCGCGAAACCGACGCCGCGCAGGUGCGUCUUUCCUUCCCCGAGGGCGCAGUCGGGGAAGUCCAAUCGCUCGCCGAAGGCACCUUCAGGAAAAAAAAGGUAACGACGAAAAA